UGGGGAAAGGUUCCUCUCAACAGACACAUGAAAGGGUUCCAUGUGAAAGGAGUUGCUGGUGUUUGUGACAUGGAAGAAAAUGCUUUAUUUGAUCACAAAGAGAAGAAAGUCUAUUUUCAGUAAACUCCUCAUUUUGGAUGGAUCAGUCGUUCUUCUCUCAGCGGGUGCAGUUGAAGUAAGCACGCUGCCUAUUGGCCGUGCACGUGUCUACCAUCAAAGUCCCGUUGCAAUGACCAACAACGACAAUAACUCUGAGGGCAUAUUGAGACUGAAUUAUUCUGUGACUACUACCUGAAAUGAACUCGGAAUGACCCUGACGAUGAGGCCAAAUGCAGAAGUUCCACUUUCACUUCAGCUGUCUACAAUUCCUGACCAUGCUUCUCUGAUAUCACUUCCUGGAACUGAUGCAGAAAUGAUAUGGGCGCAGCCUGGAACCGAUGUGGAACCGGUCUAGAACUGGUCAAGAACUGUUCUGAAAACGCCCGGAAUCUGUAAGAAUCUUUUUGGCUCCUCAUUUUGGAGCAAUUGAGAAGUUGAGCAUAUGGCGAAGCCUGUGAUGACGACCUCAUCAAUGACCUCGUCACCCCCUCACUUCCUGAAAUCCCUUCUCCUCAUGAGGGUGACGGGCGUGCCGGAGCCUUUUCCAACUGAAUUGGGGCGAGAGGCAGGGCACACCCUGGACUGGUCGCCAGUUAAUCGCAAGGCACAUACAGACCAGCAAUCUCUCCCAGUCACAUGACGAACUCGGCACAAGUCAGAGUGUUCAACCAAGCAUAACGUGGAUGAUUUUAGAAUGUGUGUGAGUAGCUGGAAAAAAAAAAAAACACUCCAGCACCAGGAGAAAAUGCAAACUGCACACGGCAAGGUGGCAGAUGAGAGCAAGCCCUGAAAGUCAGAAAUGUGAGCCAAACAUGUCAACCAUCUCAUCCAAUGCACCGGAAAAUAGGGACCUCAAUGGCGUGGCCAGGGGUGCUCGAGUGCAGGUGUGUUUGUGGAAUGCUCAGGAAUUAGCAUCCGCCCCCCCCCCCCCCCCCCACGCUGGCUGCUAAGAUGCCUUGUGACAUAUGUCAGCGUCGCUCACUCUGCACCGGCCGCAAGGACAGACGGCGAGCCCCGCCAUUGGCUACCAGGCGGCCCCGGGGAAAAGAGGCGGGGUCAGGCUGAUUGAUAAAGCAGGAAGAGGCGGUGCCCGGCCAGCACACAACAAGUGACAGAAGAGGAAUAGCCGCCGCCACUGUGUUGCUAUGGCAACGCAGAGGACAUGACAGCAGAGGACACACAGCUUGACACAAUGACGACAGAACAUUCCCGGUGCUCCAGUGACACCGCAGACUCUCUUCCAAGCCUUUAGCCUUUGAUUGCGGACCAGGUGGUCCGGAACCGUCAGCAAAGGUCUUCAGAGAAAAAAGGAGCCUGGGGGUAUUUGAGGUGUUAAAAUGUCCCAGUCGGGAAAGGUGCUGCACCUGUAUGUUGAGGUGCGCUCUGCGGGUGAAGAAGAAGGAAGGCUUCCUGGGAUCGGAGAUGACGGAAGGGGUCACCUGAUCCUUCAGUGUCCGGAUGUUCUCCCUCACUCUCAAAGGAGCUCUGUCCUUUCCAGCCCCAACCGAAGUCCGGACCAUUCCCCGAGUACCCGCCGCCGAAUGCCGGGUGGGCUCCGGAGCUCCUCUCCCUCCAUCUCGUCCGCCAGGCACUCGGUCAGCCCGCAGCCUGGAUACUUUCACCAAGAGGAGAUGCUACCCAACACGUUUGAGGACUUGCUUCAGGUCCUUACCACCAGUCAAGGUCAUCAGUACUCGGGAGCUCUCGCCCCGUCGUCGGAUGCGUACCCCUAUCAAAGGCGGAAGCUUACCGAGCCUCCGUCGGCGUUCGGGCGCAUGAAUGCACCUUCGACACCCACUUUCCACCGCCGGUCCUGCGAUGUCCAAGGGUCUGGCGCUCAGGAGAGGAAAUCGUCUGUGGUGACCUUCGGGUAUAUUGAGAAAGCCAAUGUUCAUAUGACGGGCGACCGUCGACUGAGUGACCCGUUAGGAUCCGGAAGCCGGGUGGGACGGGCCGAACCCUGCCCGGUUCACCAUCGCCCCUCUACCAAUCCGGGCUCUCCUUUCCUGCACAGAGAUGCGAUCGCUCGAGAUGCCACCUACCGCGCCCUGGAAGAGUUUGGCUCGCCGGAAUUGCGGCGGCGCUUUGCAGGUCGCGGCAACGAGAACUACAACCCGACCUUGCCGCGAAACCACAAAUGGCCAACCUGCCGUUCAUGGGCGGGGUCACCAAUCCUGCCCCACGCUACCCUCACUUUGCCAUCCGGCGCUCAGCUCAGAGACCUCGAUAGGGGAGGCUGUCGGAACUCCCCCGACGGCUUGGGGAGAAGCUCCGAGUCCGAUCGGCUUCCCGCGCACCCCGGGUUCUCCCCCCGCACAGCGGCUCGUACAUCGGGGCAUCGUUCUCACGGCGCUCUCCAGAUCCAGCAGUCUUCUUGGUCGGGGGACGAAAGUCCCCGACUGUCCGGCAGAUUUCAACCACCUUUACCAGCCGGACGGCCUACAGAUAUCCAGCACGAUGUCCCGAGCAACAGAGCAAAUGGUGUGCUAAGCUCCUCCCCCUUUUCCAAUGCUGACACUUUCUGGGGUCAUCAAAGUCCCUCUCCAACGCCUUCCCCGUCGGAGUCUUUGAGGUCACUCAGUCCAAGCGUCGGAGAGUCAUUGCUUCAAAAACCCCAACCGCUUUCCGAUCUUUAUGGGGACGCCUCCUUGGAUCCGCUGCGGGAAAACGAACCGAAGGCACGAUGGAAGCCGGACAAAUCCAAACUUCAAGUAGAACCGGAAAGCGUCUCGCACGCCUUGGGCAGGAAAGGACCCUGCUCACCUGCGACUUCUCAUUUGCAUGUCUUAACCCCACGCCCGGAGCAGAAUUCAAACUCCACUCAGCAUCCGCCCCUCCCGGACCAUCGCCACCGAGCGGCGCUCUCGACUGGCUGGGAGUCCAAGCGGCGCGAUCGCUCACGCAGCCCCGACGCCUCUAGUGGACUCGCCUCCUGGCAAACAGUCCAAGCCUCAUCCUCCUCACGGAAAGAGCUCAAGAAGACCAGUCCGGUCCAAGACAGCCUGCAAGUCUGUCAGCAAAAGUCCCGGCGCUUUGCUGCAAGACCCGACGAAAAGAGUUUCCGAAAGCAAGGUGAAGACGAGGCAAGACGGGAUCAUUGCGCACCCGUCGGGCAUUUGUCCGGGACUCGGCAGGAAAACGUUCAGGAUCUCAACAAGGUGGUCGGGACGUCCUCGCGGAGCUCCAGCGGGCUGACGGGAAGCUUGGGUGAAGGAAGCGUGUCUCCUGAAAGCUGGAGCCAGUCUAGCUGCGAUCUAGGCUCCGGGAUCCAGUCAGGCCAAAGUUCGGACGCGAGUCUGCCUUCGAGAUCACAGAAAAUCGCCCAGGCCAAGUGGAACUUCCUGUUUGGAGCACAGAGCCAGGAAGACAGCAGCAGCAAUAAAGGCAGUCCUCGGCCCGCUGCGUCCUCGCUGAGCCCCGCCCCCGCCAAUACGCCCAAGCAGAGGCGGGGCGGGAGGGCCGUCCAGCCUCAAAGGUCGUCCCAUCACCAAAAAGUUCGGCAGAUCGAGGUGGAACUGCUCACCUCCGACCCGGGAGACUCGGCCCCCGAGACGGGCGUGCUUCGGCGCAGCGUCAAAUAUUCCGAGACGGACCUGGACCGCGUGCCGCUGCGCUGCUACCGAGAAACUGACCUGGACGAGGUGAUGCGGGCGGAGGCGGCCGGGGAGGAUCCCGACGAGGCUUUGCUGAGGGCCUGUCGGACUGAGGGAGGGCCGAUGGAGGAGGAGGAGGACGAGGACAACGAGGAUGGCCUGGCGAACCGGCCGAGAGAGCGCCAGAGGCAGAAGGCCGCCUCCCACCAUGACGGUGGCUUCACUCUAUUGCUGAAGGGGACGUCGGAGGUGAAAGGCCCGUCGGCGGCGGCGGCGGGCGCCGGCGUCCCCCUGCGGCCGUCCGACAGCCACCUGGAUUCUUUCAGUCGCCAUUUUGAAAGCAUUAUGGAGGGCCACCGGGCCAAAGGAACCUCCUUCAGCAGCCUGGACAGCGUCGACCUGCUCACCUCGGGAUCCACGUCCGUCUUCACCUUUGACCUGCCCACGCUCACCCCUGAAAUCCAGAGUCAGAUCUGCGAGAGCGCCAAGAACAUCAUCCAGCUGAGCUUCGCCCCUUUGUCAAAGGCGGGCGAGCCCGCCGCCCGCUCGGAAGUCUCCUUGCCAGCGUGCUCCGAGGACGACGGCUCCGAGGCAAAAGAGCCGUCGCGGCGCUCCAUCCUCAAAGACGGCUUCCGCAAAACCAGCUCGGCGCCGGCGCUCCACGCGGCUGCCAGGGAGCGCGUGGCCAACCGGCCCCCCGAGCUGCUGUACCCGCAGGCCGACGUGGCGGAGCGACUGGCGCGCGGCGACCGCGGGGACGCGCUGGCCAACGGCGCCAAGGCCGACCCGCAGGCCGCGAAACGCCUCGCCGAGCGCCUCUAUCGGCUGCAAGGCUUCCGCAAGUCUGACGUGUCGUCGCACCUCAGCAAAAAUAACGACUUCAGUCGGAGAGUGGCGGAAGAAUAUCUCAGCAACUUUGACUUCAACGGUCUCGCCAUCGACCAAGCACUCAGAGUCUUCCUGAGCAAGCUCACGCUGAUGGGAGAAACUCAAGAGCGAGAGCGAGUCCUAGCUCACUUUUCCAGAAGAUACGUCGCCUGUAACCCCCGCGGCCACGCUGCCCAAGACAGCGUCCACACGCUGACUUGUGCUCUGAUGCUGUUGAAUGUUGAUCUCCAUGGAAACAAUGUCGGCAAGAGGAUGUCCUGCAGUCAGUUCAUCUCCAACCUGGAAGGUCUGAACAAUGGAAAAGACUUUCCUAAAGAUAUGCUGAAGUCGUUGUACGCGUCCAUCAAGAACGACAAACUCCAGUGGACCAUCGACGAGGAGGAGCUGCGGACGUCCGCGUCGGACUCGGCCGACGGCCGAACAGACUCCGCCUCCCACACGCUGAAGCGAGCGGGGAUGGGCCGCAACCAGCUGGCGGCUGCGGUGCAGCGGGCCGACGGCGAGCUGUACAAGAGCGGCUUCCUGGUGCGCAAAGUCCACGCCGACGCAGACGGCAAGAAAACGGCGCGGGGCAAACGAGGCUGGAAGUCCUUCUACGCCACCUUGAAGGGUCGCGUGCUCUACCUGCAGAAGGACGAGUACGGCGCCGAGCGCCAGCUGACGGAGGACGACGUGAAGAACGGCGUGUCGCUGCACCACGCGCUGGCCAUGAGAGCCGCCGACUACGCCAAGCGGCCCAACGUCUUCUACCUGCGCACCGCCGACUGGAGGGUCUUCCUCAUGCAGGCGCCGUCGCGCGAGGACAUGCGAUCGUGGAUCACCCGCAUCAACGUGGUGGCGGCCAUGUUCUCGGCUCCGCCCUUUCCGCCCGCCAUCGGAUCGCAGAAGCGCUUUGCUCGCCCCCUGCUGCCCGGCUCCACCACCAAAUUGUCGCAGGGCGAGCAGGCAGCGUCUCACGAGGCUCGUUUCCGGGCGGCGUCCUCUGACCUGGACGAGCUGGUUGGCGCCGCGCCGGACCGCAAGGUUAAAGGUCGCGAGUUGGACGAGCAGAAAGCGCGACGAGAGUAUUUGGAGUUUGAGAAAACGCGUUACGGUACGUACGCCAUGCUGCUGCGCGCCAAGAUGUCCGCCGGUGAGGAGGACUUGGCAGCCUUCGAGGCGCGACUCUUUGAGGACGGUGGUGACAGUGGCCACCAGAGGGCGCACUUCAGCCCCUCGCCGCUACAGCACGCGGACGGCAAAGAGAAGACGCGCGGCGCCAAAAGUUUAAAGGUCGUCUCCUCGCAUUUCCUCUGCGACGGCAGCGCCCAGCGAGAAGAGGAAAGCGGCAAGAAUGAGGACACGCCACGGCCGCAGGCUUCCAAGUUGGCAUCCGGACAGGAAGUGACGCCGUGAGGAGCGCCCGCAGCGACGCAUCGUGGGGAAAAAUCCGGAAGAGGAGGACGCGCUUCGUCUUAAGACUUUGACGCCGGCGCUCUUUUUCCCCUUCCUUGUCUUCGUCUGAUGCCGUCGCCAUGGCAACAGAUGGGGAGCAACUCACCGUGGCAACCACUCGACACGGCACGAACGAACGACGUCGUCGUCACGGCAACGGGAGAAAUCCUCAUCGUCCGGACCAAAAUAAAUCACCGCCACAGGUGCACGUGCACAUCGACACACUUGCACACACGCAUACAGCUGUCGGAUAUAUUUAUUGAUCAUCGUGCACAACAUCAACAGUCGGCAACACAAAAACGUUUGUCAUCUUAACGGACGACCGGAAAACUUUUUUUUUUCUCGUGAGUGAGUGAGUGACAUCACAGCCAUGUCACCUUGAUGCUGCUCAGUGAUUGGCCGCAGGCGGCCGCUCGUCUUCUAUCGGCUGACUGCUGAAGCCGCUGUCCACUGUCGAUUCUGAUAUGAGCAAAGACAACAAACACGCUUCUUCAUCAUCAUCAAAAUCAUAGAGUGGCGCCUUGAGAUAUGAGUUUUAGCACGCUCCUUUCUCGUGUUUCUUUUCCACAUUGUAAAUAAUGGAUGCGACCCCCCCC